AUGGAGUAUACAGACAGGAAAAUCUUUUUCACUGCAAUACUAGGAAUAAGUAUUGUAUGUAUAUGUAUAUGGAAGUUUAGAGGAAACAUUUCAAAACUGUUGCCUCAAGAAGAAGCAAAUUUUCUCCGGAUUUAUUUACUGAGUCAGAAGCAUGCGACGGAUGCCUUAAGAUAUGUCUUUGAUACACAUGUUCCGAAAUCAUUACUCACAACGCAUUUGGGCAAAUAUAGCACAUUUUAUUGGAGAAAAGAUGAAAGCAUCAUACUUUUUCCUGUUUCAGGUGGCCAAGUUAAAAGUACUGACUUUGACUCAUCUUUGCUAUAUAAACUUAUUAGGAAUACUCUUAAUCACAAAAUUGCUGCACCAACGAGAGGAUGGGGAUCAACGCCGUUAUCUGGAGAUAAAUCCGAAGCAGACGACAUAGAAAGAAUUCGUAGCUAUAGAAACAAAAUAGCACAUAAUACAGAAUUCAAAAUAUCAAAUAAACAAUAUCAGGAUCAAUGGAACGAACUUUCUCAGGCUGUUAACAGAUUGAGUCAAGAAACUUUGAAAACUGAGAUUACAGCACUAGAAUGCACUCAGUUUAAUGGAUCCCAGAAAAAUGAAAUAGCAAGUAUGCAAAGGAAUAUUUCGAAGAUGAAAGAUGAGGUGUAUGAACUUCAAAAUGAACUGUUUACCUGUCAGGAUGAAAUAACAGAAAUUCAAGAUGCUGUUAUUCAUUCCAGAAAGGAUAUAGACGAUAUAAAUGAACGACAUAUUCCUCGUCACAUUAGAAAAUGCCAACUUACAUUAUUGGAAGACUGGAAAAGACAUGAUAUUUUAUUCUGCGACGAAACACGGGGAUACAAAGCAGCAUAUGUAGAGGCUAAUAAACAUAACACUGUAACAUUCAUUGGCGGUCCUGGUUCUGGUAAAACUGCGACAGCAAGACAUAUAGCACUACUAUUCGAAAGGCUUGGUUGGGAGGUUGUUCCUGUGUGUAAAGAAGAGGAAAUCAUAAGAUAUGGAAACUGUAAUAUUCGACAAGUGUUCGUGUUAGAUGAUAUCUUAGGUGUUUUUGCUUUAGAUAUGACGAGAUUUAAUAAUGUCGCUUCAAGCGAGAAAAGCAUUAUUAGGUCACUUAGUAAUAGUAAGUCAAAGCUUUUGCUUACUUGUCGAAAGACGGUAUAUAAUGAGGCUAUCGUAUUAAAACCAUUCGUUUUCGAAAAUAUAGUUGACUUAGAAAGCAUGAACAAUGAAUUGAAUGAACUAGAGAAGAUGAAAAUCAUUAAAACACAUUGUUCAAUGGCAGCCGUCGACGAAAAGGCCUAUACAAACUUAUCUCUAACGAAUGCUAAAUUAAUGUUUCCAUUUUUGUGUCAACUAUUUGCAGUUAAUGUAAAAUACCAAAUGAUUGGCUCAAAGUUUUUUGCAAUGCCAUUUGAAAUUUUACUUGGAGAAAUGAGCAAACUACAUAAGACAAAUACCGCACAAUAUGCAUCUUUGGUGUUAUGUCUAGUCAACAACAAACAAUUGUCAAUUAACAAUAUGCCUUCAAAGCAAAUUAAGAAAAGGAUUUACAACGCUUGUGGAUUAGAUCGAGGAACAGCAGAUAGAAAGAUAUUCGAUGCCUUAUCUAAUAUUAAAGAUACUUUUGUAGUGAAGUUUGAAAACGAAUAUUCAUUUAUCCAUAAUUCAAUUUACGAAACUGUUGCAUACCACUAUGGACAGGAAUUUCCAGAACACAUAUUGGAGUUCAUGCCAAGUAACUUUAUAGCCAAUAAUUCAUUCGAUGAUUUAAACAUUAUGAUAAAAGAAAGAGACUUUUUUAAAUUAGCUGAAAGACUUUAUUUAGAUCUAGAAUCAGACAAACUGUUUGACGUUUUUAUGAACAAGGCACUUAAAUAUCAGUCAUUCCUUAGUGUGUUCUUUCAGUUGAUAAGAAAGAAAUCGUACGAGGCCUUUAAGAUUACAUUUUUAACUCCAAGCACUGGUAAUUGUGAACAUAUGGUAGAUUACGAAGACAAAGCGGGAAGAACGUAUGAGGAUAUGUAUCGUGAUGAAACAAUAAGGAGAGAACUAUUAACAGAUAAAAGGGUACGAGAACAGAAUAACGGCGUACACGGCAAUGACGUCACUCAUACAAUCAGAUUGAUCAGUUGGGUGGUUUAUUACGGACACACUUGCCUAUUACAAGAAAUUGUUGAGCAUGUUCAUGAUCAUAACGAUUCUACUGACAUCGUGUUCGGUUCAAAUAUAGAAGAACAAGCCAGAUUACUGUUAUUGUCCGUUUACAAUGGCGAUCCAUGUUUGAUGGAACUAAUAAUAAAGUAUGUGAAAACAAAGAGCAUAGGCGCUACACCUAUGUAUAUGUCUGACACCGACUACCUUAAUGAAAAUUAUCAUAGGACUCUCGAUCCUCUUAAUGCAGCAUGUCACUAUGGUAAUUUGCAAAUUGUAAAACUAUUAGUACAGUCUGGUGUAAAUGUCAACUGUUGUGAGUAUCACGAAUUUCCGUUGAGUGUUGCAACAGAGAAUGGAUAUAAUGAUAUUGUUAAAUACUUAGCUGAAAACGGAGCAGAUGUCAACGCUUUUAAACCCAGUGUUUCUAUCACAGAUGCCAGUGCACCACCCUUAUAUAUAGCAUCAGCGUAUGGAUAUUCUGCUAUAGCUAACUGUCUUGUACAAAACGGUGCCGACGUGAAUAAGGAUAUGUUCUCUAAAAGGACACCUUUAUUUGAAGCUUCAAGCGGGGGUUUCAAAGACAUUGUAAAAAUCCUUGUAGAAAACGGCGCAGAUGUCAACUUUUGCGAUUACCGUAACAAAUCACCACUAUUUACUGCCUCGAAAGCAGGCCAUUCAGACAUUGUUUCGUAUUUGGUUAAAAGUGAUAGUGAUAUUAACUUAUGUGACAUGUACGGUAGAUCACCGCUUUUAGCAUCAAUUGAAACUGGACAUUUUGAAGUCGUUCAAAUAUUGAUUAACAAUAAUUGUAGAAUAAAUACCCAGGUAACCGGUAACAUAUUACCACUCACUUUUGCAUUAAUGCAAGGAAAUGUCGAAAUAACUACCUAUCUUAUACAAAAUGGGGCAGAUUAUAACAUGCAAAAUGAAUAUGGAGUAACGUCUUUACAACUUGCUCUCUGGAAGAAUCAUACAGAAAUACUGCAACAGAUUAUAUCCCUUGAAAAUGAAAAAGGACCAACACCAUAUAGCGGCAACUGGUUAUUAUAUGAGCUGCUAGUAGAUAUGCACGAUUUUAAGGUAUUCCCGGAAACCAUUUCCAGUACAAAUAUGUACAGCGAAGCUGAAGGACGGAUAUAUAUCAAUUAUAGUGAGGCCCUUCUUACAUUCAUUUGUAAAUGUGCUGAUGAAGAUUACUUAAAACAUUUAUAUGAGCUUGGAUUAGGUAGUAAUUAUGAUGCUGAAAAAGAACAGGCACUCUUAUUUUUUAUAAUAAUAACUAAUAUAGACGUGACCAAACGUGUUGAAAAAGUCAAAUCAUUGCUUGACGUUGGCAUAUCAUCUCAUGUUCGGAAUCAAGUAUAUGUAUUUCUUUUAAAACACACAAUAACUAUCUUAGACAAAAAGAAAACUGUGUUGGGCAGGAUUGAAUUUAAGUGGAAAAAUAAUCCUACAGAGAUGUUCUGUAAGACAUUGAGCCAGACGCUAGGCAGUAGACCUAAUUCAAUUCCGAUGAAGAAUCUGACUGACUAUCAUUUUGAAGUCGAGGAAUAUUCUUCCAUUAUGUCUUUACUAAAACAAAGAACAAGACGAUUAUCUAUUCGAAAGACAACUGGAAGACAAAACCGGCAAUUACAUCAUUCACAGAAUCAGAGUGAUCAGUUGGGUUGUCUAUUACGGACACACUCGACUUUACAAGAAAUUGUUAAUCAUGUUCAGGAUAAUAACGAGUCUACUGACUUAGUAUUCGGUUCUAAUAUAGAAGAGCAAGCCCGGCUACUCUUGUUGUCAGUUCAUUAUGGUGAUCCUGGCUUAAUUGAACUAAUACUUAAGUAUGUAAAAACCGAGAACAUGAGUGCUUCAUCUAUGUAUAUGUGUGACGACUUCGUUAGAGCUAACCAUCAUAGAACAUCCAGUCCGCUUACUGCAGCAUGUAGAUCUGGUAGUCUGCGAAUUGUAGAGCUAUUGAUACGGUCUGGGGCAGAUUUUGAUCACUAGUUUCUAGUGUAUGCUGCAUCAGGGAAUAUAUAUCAUGAGAUUGUAAAAUAUUUAGUUGAAGGUAGGAAAGACGUAGAUAAAUGUCUAUCCAAUCUUCUCAUGAUUAGUGGCUAUGUACCACCAUUGUGUACCGCAGGAAUGAAUGGAUGUUCUGAUAUAGCUAACUUUCUCGUCCAAAAGGGCGCCGAUGUGAACAUAAUUGGAUUCUGUAAUAUGACACCUUUAUUUCAAGCUUCAGCAGGGGGUUAUAUAGACAUAGUAAAAAUUUUUG